CUCAGCGCAGAGCUUCAAGGAACUUGGCAAGUCGCGGCGCAGGGGAGGCGGGAGGCCACGCCCCCCCAAUCCCCGGGCUCGAAGCGUCAUAAAAGGCGUUCCUCGCGCACGCGGCGUGCUUCUCCUUUCUUCCCCUUUGCAGAGGAUGCGCCGCUGCUGAGAGUCGCGGUCCUGGAACUCGCCAUGGAGCCGUCGGCGCCGGUCGUCUUCGUCCGACAGAAUCAGAUCGGAGGCCAAGAAAAGACUGGGAAGGUGCACCAUGAAAGAACGUUGAAAAAGCUUCUGGAUGUGAAUGGACAAGCACUGGGACCUUCUUAUGACUACGAUCUGAUAGUUAUUGGAGGGGGCUCAGGUGGACUUGCAGCUUCCAAGGAAGCUGCCAAACUUGGCAAGAAGGUCUUAGUUCUGGAUUUUGUUGUCCCUACUCCUUUGGGAACAAGAUGGGGCCUCGGAGGAACCUGCGUCAAUGUAGGAUGUAUCCCAAAGAAGCUGAUGCACCAGACGGCUUUGCUUGGGCAAGCCAUAAAGGAUGCGCCCAAGUUUGGGUGGCAGCUGGAUGACAAAGCCAUAAAUCACAGCUGGGAUACUAUGACUGAAGCAGUUCAGAAUUAUAUUGGCUCUCUGAACUGGGGCUACAGGGUCUCUCUCCGAGAGAAUAAAGUUACAUACGAAAACGCUUAUGGAGAGUUCAUCGGGCCACACAAAAUUAAGGCAACAAAUAACAAAGGAGUACAGAAGUUUUACACAGCAGAAAGAUUUCUGAUUGCCACUGGAGAGAGGCCCCGUUAUCUGGGCAUCCCUGGAGACAAAGAAUAUUGCAUCACCAGUGAUGAUCUCUUCUCCCUGCAUUACUGCCCGGGGAAAACAUUGGUGGUCGGAGCUUCCUAUGUUGCCCUCGAGUGUGCAGGAUUCCUUGCAGGCCUUGGCUUAGAUGUGACUGUCAUGGUGCGGUCCAUUCUCCUGAGGGGCUUUGAUCAGGAGAUGGCAAACAAAAUAGGGGAGCACAUGGAAGAACAUGGUGUCAAGUUCAUUCGGAAGCAUGUGCCUAGCCAGAUUGAACAAAUCCAGGAAGGAACUCCCGGAAUACUCAGAGUCACAUCUCACUCCACGGAAAACUCUUCUGAAAUACUUCAAGGGGAAUACAAUACAGUGUUGCUGGCCAUAGGGAGGGAUGCUUGCACGAGAAAAAUUGGCUUGGAGAAAGUUGGAGUGAAGAUCAAUGAAAAAACAGGAAAGAUCCCUGUCAAUGACGAGGAGCAAACUAAUGUGCCUUAUAUCUAUGCCAUUGGAGAUGUGUUGGAAGGCAAGCUGGAACUGACGCCAGUCGCAAUCCAUGCAGGGAGGCUGUUGGUACGGAGGCUUUACAGUGGCGCAAACACAAAGUGUGACUACGUGAAUGUUCCCACCACGGUAUUCACUCCUCUGGAAUACGGCGCCUGUGGUUACUCGGAAGAAAAAGCUAUAGAGACAUUUGGGGUGGACAACAUUGAGGUUUACCACAGUUACUUCUGGCCACUUGAAUGGACUGUCCCAGCCCGGGACAACAACAGAUGCUAUGCAAAGGUCAUCUGCAAUAUUCCUGAUCAGGAGCGUGUGAUCGGCUUCCAUGUGCUUGGUCCAAAUGCUGGAGAAAUAACCCAGGGAUUUGCAGCGGCCAUAAAAUGCGGAAUAACAAAAGAUCAGUUGGACAGCACGAUAGGAAUCCAUCCAGUCUGCGCAGAGAUAUUCACCACGUUAUCCGUGACGAAGCGGUCAGGUGGAGAUAUCACCCAAUCCGGAUGCUGAGGUUAAGCCCCCCCACUGUUCGCUCGUUGCCAGAGACUGGCGUUCAUCACCGUUGCUAACUCCCGAAGGGCAAAGCAGAGCAGCUUAGGAAGCAAGAAUCAGCCAAUGCGUCCAUUACCUCUCCUCCCCUGUCGACGGGGCGAGUGAAGAACUGCUUUGUUCCUGGCGGUGACUGAAUGUUAUGGCAACGGAUGCAACAGUGGGGUGGGCUCCCAUAAUAAGCUGCAGCCUAGCAAGGCAUUGCUCAAGAUGCUUCCAUGAAGUCGCAGCCUAAAACCAGCCUUUUCUGGUAGGCAGUGAUGGAAAGUUUGCUGGCACAGCUUGAGACUUUUCCUCUCCUCGAAUGAAGGCGUUCCUCCCAUUUGUUUCUCCACUUCCUCAGAUCGUUGCUAUGAAGUAGCCCAAGAGCUGCAGCAUGUAGCAGCCUCAUUGCAAGCCCUCUUCUGUUAGGGGGUGCACGCAAUGCAUCAUCUCUCCAGACUUGUACAGAAAUGAGC